CUUGAAUCUGAUUGGUUUAGCGGUUUGUUGUGAGGAGGUGGGAAAAAUGACUCAGAGAUUCAGAAGAGAGCUGUGAUGGUAGCACAGUCACAACAGCCCCAUACUUCGAACUACCCCCCAGGAUAUAAAAUGGAGAAGAAAGAAAGUAUCCCUCUCGUGACAGAGGAGGCGCGUAUGAUAUUAGAGGAGUUUCUAAGGCGCAAUACGAGUAGUACGCAGAGGCAGCGUUCGGCUACCACUGGGACACCACUGGAGGUUAUAUACGAAGGUCUCGUACCACCCCCUCUAGUGGGAAGAUCUAGUAGUUACAGAGCUGCCUCUCAGGAAUCUAUUUUAUCAGACUACGAUGGACCUCCACAGAAUGGCUCAACAAGCCUCACAAAAUCGUUGACAAUAUCUGCUUCUGAUUAUAAUUAUAAUAAACGUGUAAUAAAAAGGGAAUCUCGGGAAUCAGGUGAUGGAACAAUUCGAAAAUCUGGUAGGGUUUCUUCUGAGGAGGCGCUCGAUGAUUCUCCUGAUAUGGACUUAGGGGGUUCAGAAUCAGAAGAAGACGAGACAAAGCCAAGACAUAAAAAAAGUUUUUUCAAACGUGCAACUGAGAGACUUCGACAAAGUUUUAGAAAGAUGAACAAAGACGAUGAAAUAACAAAAAUAAAAGGAAGUACAUCCAAACUUAGUGACGAUGGUAAUAAUCAUAAAAAGCCUAAUAAGGCGAAAAAAAUGAAAAAAUCGCGGUCGAAGGAAUUGGAAAAAGAGCUACAAGAUAUUAAAGAAAAAGAAAAACAUAAAGAAAAAGAACAUAGAGAAUCUAAAAAAGAACGUUCUGGUUCAAAACUGUUUCGAAGAAAUAGCAAAAGUACAAUGAAAAGUCCAGUAUCAUCUGAUAAGGCUUUAACGCCAAAUAUUGAAGUUGACAGUGCAUCUCCCAUCCGUACCCCCACUUCCCGGUCUUCAUCAAUGCGAUCGGUGAGAUCUGCAUCUAUCAAAGUCCACUAUGAAGAAUCAUCAGAUGACAAAAAACGUAAAUCACCCCAGCGUAAAAUGUCUUGGAGGGACGGUGAAGCUGGGGGAGUCUUUGAUAAUAUUAUCCAUAACAUUAGAAAAGGCCUUAGAAGGAGAAAAUCAAAAGAUGGCAGCAGCGGCAGUGAUGGAUCAUUUAGAAGACGUGCAAAAUCAAAUAUUGCCUUUGAGGAUCGCAUAGAUAUUGAAAGAUCACCAGUGCCACGGCGUCACACAGCCUCAAACAGAAAUGAUGUCACAACGACCACUACAUAUCGGCGAAUCGUCAGCCAGGAAGAAAGACAAGAAAUUGAUAUAGUUCCAUCCGUGCCAACCUCGAGUAGUGAUUUUGCAGUAGGUCAGAGAAGUCGUGCGCCAAGUGGAAGUGCUCAAAAUGGUCGUAAUUCUAUGACAUUACCUGGCCUUAUUGCCAGCCGACCACGUUCUCCUAGUCACCAACGUAGGCCAACCGUUUCCAUGGUUACUGAGGAACCGGAUGAAGUAGAACCUAUACGACCUAGAACAGAUAGUUUGCCGUUUCAUGAAAAAACUGAAAAAGAGCGAGAAGAAAUAUUGGAAAGAGUUGCUAAGCGACUGGCAGCCAUUGCUGAUAAUUAUGUUCUGAAUGCACAGGUGUCCCCGGCAGAUCCCUCUCCAAAUAUGGCAGCUGCUGCCGCUGAUGAGAGAACCACAAUGAGGCUGAACUCUCUGGAACGAAACAUCGUUGACGUGCUCCGGGACCGAGGUGAUGAAAUGACUGAAUCGAUGACAUUACCAACAGGUGCAAUGUCCAACCUUGCAUCUGGGAUGGUCGACAACUUAAGUUAUGGAACCUUUGACCAUGCCAUGUCACAGGUCGUGGGCCAAGAGCCAGGCUGGCAGCAGAUUGGGGUGUUGUUUCAGCUAACAAAGGCAGCAGUCAAUGUGGCAGGAGCGGGAGGAACUAUGGCCCGGACAAUCAAAGAUAUGAGUCUCAAAUACUUUGAGGAUAAAUUCGCUGGUUGGCUUGUUACUCAGGGUGGAUGGGAAUCCCUCACAGAUGCGGAAUACACAGAUUCUGAACUAGACUGA